AUUUAUGCAGCAUGCAAGCAGUGUAACAAAUAUAAUGACGCGUCUAUUAACGCCGCCGCCUGGAUAUAUCACACUGUAUUGCGAAGAAUGAAAAGUGUUGUUCUCAACCCCAACGUCAUUCUCACAGAAAAAAGAAGGAUGAAAAGGGUAAUCAAGAUAUAAACAAACGAUCGAUCACAUUGACGUCAAUGAAAAAAUGAAACUCAAAGCUAUAUUUCGAGAUCCGGUGACAUUUUUACGGAUUAUGCAAUCUAUGGCAAAAUUGUCAAACAGAUGUAUACUUCGUUGUUCGCCUGAAGAAAUUCAUGUCGUUAUCCCUAGAGGAACAGGACCGGUAGAAGCUUUUGCUGUUUUGGAUAAUAUCAACUUCUUCUUUCGUGAAUACAAAGUGGAGUCUAAUUAUAACAAUCAAGUCAAUAUCGAAAUCGUAUCUGAACAUCUCUGUCAGGCAUUGAAACAAAUCACACCUGCCAGUCAAGUCACAUUCAAAUUAGCAAAGCAAAACAAUCAACCGAUCUUGAACGUUGAGAUCAUCACACGAUCAAAAUCGGGACAAGAGCUAACAGUACUUCAUGACGUUCUCAUAGCGAUAAAAAAGCCAAGGGAUAUGGAAAUCAUUCGUACGCCCGAAAAAGCAGUUGGAGAACAGGGAAGAUACUAUAAAGUCAUUACUUCAUUUCCCGAUUUAGCCGAAGUCAGAGUGGUUGCAGAAAGGAUGCGUUCGGUAGAAUCAACGCAUGAUCGAAUCAUGAUCUUGGCAAACCUUGUAGGGGAAGUGAAAAUCGCCGUUCAAAGUGAUACGACAAAAGUAGAAACACAUUGGACUGGCAUGCAAACCAAUGCCGGUCAAGACAAUACAGAUGUAACCCUUGCUCAAAGACAAAAAUUCAGACAAGUCAAUCUGGAUGCACGUUCGUUUGUUCGAUUGUUGGGAUGUACCUUGAUCGAUUAUGUUCCGGAACUUUGGAUCGCUCCAAAGCGAUUUGCAACAUUCGUCAUCCACGUUCGUAAACCUGGGCCCGCGAAUGAAAGCUAUAUUGCCCAUCUGCAAGUCACUCUGAAUGCUAUGCAAGAAGCUUACGAUGAAUAGUGCUUCCAAUGUCGUCUCAUUAUACCUGUACAGUAGUGUAUCAUACCUCAUCUGUAAAAUCAAUGCAAAGUCCCUUCACCUUGUUA